AUGAUACGGGUCUCUCAAAUCAUGCCAUUUCGGGACAAGGUGGAUCUUGGAGGUUGGAAGACGCAGGAGGAAAAUAGCGUUGGAGAAGAUGUGGAGCCGACCAAAACAUGCACAACCAUUGCCUUGGCUUUUCGUGCUUUACGUGCCUUGCAUGCCUCGCAGCUGCCUGGACUGGAGAGGGUGCACAGGCACCCGAGUCCGGGCGCAGGUGCCAUGCUGCUGCCGCUCCUGCUCUUUGCCAUUUGGCCUGGCACUGAAGGUGCAGCGCUGCGGAGGAUUUUCAGAAACGAAGCGCAGUCGUCGGAGCCUGCUCAGGGCGAGGUCGUCGCCCAUCUCUACGUUGGGCCCUCGAUGCAGCACAAGAUUCUACUCUGGUGCAAGCAGCAGCCGGUGGAGCAAUGGCGGCUCUGCUCUUUGACGGGGCCUCAGCGAUGGAAUGCAACGGUCAGGUCCUUCAAGGACGUGGACUCUGCAGAGGACAUCGUCGAUCUCUGUCAUUCUCUCUACACGUGCUGUGUCUCAGCGUCUGCUGCCAGUGGCGCGUCGAAGCAGCGCCGUAAGCGGUGCGAUGACGAAGAGUCCGAGGUGCUGGUGCUUUCACCUCGGGCCUAUGCGAGUGCCACUGCCAUGUUUGCCCGAUCCCUUGGAUACUUCUGGGCAGAUGCCCUGUAUAUCUUUGGCUGCCGCCUCUGGGGACAUCGUCCACACAUGUGGCGUGAAAGGCUAGGGCAUCACGCCUUGCAAACGUUGGCGAAUUGGAGCUGCUUGGUGAAAGGGCCCGGUCUCGAAGCGCGCCGCUGCACGUUGGCCUUCGCUUACAUGGCCGAGGCUUCAUCUGUUCCCUUGAGACUCUUGGCACUUGCCCGACGAGCCAAAGCGGAAGGUGUGAUCAAGGUCCUGCGAGCUUGUACCCUUUGCGUCUUCGGACUGUCACGGAUACUGAAUGGUGCCUUCUGCAUGUCUCUUCUAGUCGCCUCCAGACGCCAUGUGUCCGACAAAAUGUUGAUGCUGCAGCUAUCGGGAGCUGCUGCAGCCUAUGCUAUGAAUUGGGCUUGGUUCUUGCGCCUGAUCCAGACCAAGUUUGUAGUUGCAGCAGAUUUGGGUGAGCUGUCGCGGCUUGGGUCCAUCAACGAGAAGGCUCGCCUGAAGAAACAGCACGACAAAACCGUGGCUGAGUAUGUGGCUGUGAUGAAGCAGCUGGACGAAGCCCUUCAGGCGAUGGAGGGCAAAGACUGGGCCGAAAAGCAUGGAGUCAAGGAUAAGCUCGAUGCCAUGUACAAGGCGGGUUCUGCAGGCCAUCCGAUCGGACUCAAGCAGGGCCUGAAUCUGGCCGCAGACGCAGCCGCGCACCUCAGGAAGCUGCGCUCGACACUCCCUUGA